AUGUUGCCAUUUGUAGCUAGAAGUAGUUCUAGGAGCGAAAUAAACCACUUCGCCUCAGUUCCCAGCAGCCUCUUACCAGCAUUUGGCACCAACUUUGAUGAAGGGUAUUUGAACCUUAGAAAAUAUGUAAUAGCUCCGUAUAACCGAAGAUAUCGGUUGUGGCAAACGUUCUUAGUUGCAUUGGUGGUUUACUCUGCAUGGGCAUCUCCAUUCGAGCUAGCCUUCAGAGAACUGUCAAUUGGGUCGCUGGUGCCAGUUGAUAUCAUUGUGGAUGGCUUCUUUGCCAUUGAUAUUAUCCUUACUUUCUUUGUGGCUUAUUUGGAUAGAUCAACUUAUCUCCUCGUUGAUGACCAUAAGAAGAUUGCUAUAAGAUAUAUUAAAAUGUUACACUUCCCAAUGGAUCUAGCAUCCACUCUCCCUUUCGACCAGAUAUACCAAAUUCUGACAGGCAAACGACACGGGCCCGAGAUCUUUGGUUUCCUAAAUAUGCUUAGACUAUGGCGAUUGAGACAUGUUAGCGAAUUAUUUUCCAGGCUAGAGAAAGACAUACGAAUAAGCUACACUGCAACAAGAUUUUGUAAACUUAUAUGUGUUACGCUAUUUGCAGUUCACUUCGCAGGCUGCAUGUAUUUUUGGUUGGCUUUCCAUCACAAAACACCCGAAAAUACAUGGCUCCACAAGGAACUACCGGAUUUUAAAUAUAGGAGUGUCUGGUUGUGUUACAUCUAUUCCAUGUACUGGUCCAUAACAACUCUUACCACUGUUGGCUAUGGAGAUCUGUAUGCAGUGAAUACAGAGGAGAAGGUUUACAGUAGUUUAUUUAUGCUGUUCAACAUAGGCCUCACGGCAUAUAUAAUCGGAAACAUGACUAAUCUGGCAGUUCAUAACACCGUCCGAACCUUUGCAAUGAGGGAUGCCUUUAACAGAGUGUUACGAUAUGCAAGCAAAAGUAGACUCCCAAAACGUUUGAAAGAACAAAUGUUGGCGCAUAAAGAAUUGAAACUUAAGAUGGAAGAGUCACAGCAACAAGAAGUGCUACAGGACCUCCCUAAAGCAAUUAGAUCCAGUAUUGCUCAACAUCUUUUCAGCAAUGUAGUUGAUAAAGCAUAUUUAUUUAAAGGAGUCUCUGAUGAGUGUAUCAUUCAGCUGGCGUCAGACAUGAAAGCAGAAUACUACUUACCUAAGGUUGACAUUAUCUUGCAAAAUGAGAUGCCAAUAUAUUUCUACAUUCUGGUAUAUGGAUCACUGGAUCUAUUUAUACACAAGAAUGGAAGCGAACAGCUUUUGUUUGAAUUAGAACCUGGAGGCAUGGCUGGAGAAAUCGGCGGGAUGUUUAAUAUUCCACAACCUUUUACAGUUAGAACUAGGAGGCUCUCCCAGGUCAUACGAAUCAACCAACAUCAGUUCAAGCAGAUGAUGCAACCAUUUAAUAAUGAUGGGAGACAAAUCAUCAACAACUUCAUUAAGUACUUGAGGGAACAAAGAGGCAGCGUGCUAGAAGAAAUACCAUACUUAUCAGAAUUACUAGGAGACCUGUAUCUCGAGCAUAUAACACAAAAUGGGGACUCACACGAUGAAGUUUCAAGAUAUCACGAUGAUGGACCAUGUAAAGAAGGAAGGACUAUAAAUUCCAAUCCAUGGUCAAGCCCAGCUUCCACUAGAAUAAUAAUCCAUGGUCAUCAUCCCAAUGAAAAGAAAAUGGGAAAAGGAGACACGAAAAAGCUCAUACUUCUCCCGAGCUCAAUAGAAGAGCUUUUCAGAGUAGCAGAGAAAAAGUUCAGUAAAAGAGCGAGCAAAAUUCUUAUGGCGGAUGGCUCAGAAGUAGAAGAAAUAAACGUCUUAAGAGAUCAUGACGAGUUAUACAUCUUCUAA